AUGAGUUUGAUAUCUUCAUAUCUAGGGUUGAGGGUUUUCUUGUUAUUGAUCUUGUUGGUAUGGGUAACAAAAGGCCAGAAUCACAACCUCUUUCGUCAAACCGAACAUCUUGGUUGGCGCAAGGUUUUCAAUGUGAUGGAUUAUGGAGCUGUAGAAGGUGGAGUCACUGACAACAGUCAGGCAUUCUUGAAAGCAUGGAAGGAUGCAUGUCAAUGGAAAGGGAGGGCAAUGGUUAUGAUUCCCAAAGGAAUUUUCAAGUUGUUCCCAGUGAUAUUUUCAGGUCCAUGCAAUGGUCCGAUUGCCUUUGUGAUUAUGGGGACUUUAAAAGCCUCUACUGAUCCAUCAACAUUUAAUUCUGAAAACUGGAUAAACUUCCGAUACUUGGAGCAGUUAACCGUGGCCGGAGGUGGUACCUUGGAUGGUCAAGGGUCCUUAGUUUGGUCCCGUAACAACUGCAACAAUCACCCAUGCAGGACACUCCCCAUCUCUUUGAGUUUUGACUUCGUCACAAAUGCAAGCAUCGCUCACUUGAGAUCAUACGACAGCAAAAAUGCUCAUAUCAAAGUUUUUGGAUGCAACAAAAUGGACUUCACCAAACUUAGGUUGUCAGCUCCAGGUGAUAGCCCGAACACUGAUGGCAUAAAAAUCGGAAACUCCUACCGCAUUCGAAUCUCAGAUGUGGUUAUUGGCACCGGUGAUGACUGCAUUGCCAUAUUGUCAGGAAGUAGGGAAAUUCACAUUUCCAGACUUUUUUGCGGUCCUGGGCAUGGAAUUAGCAUUGGAAGUCUUGGAGAAUAUGAUCAUGAAUAUGAUGUGGAAGGAGUGUAUGUGAGAAAUAGCGGUUUAAAGGGGACUACUAAUGGUUUAAGAAUCAAAACAUGGGCCAAGUCACAUCCCUUGAAGGUUUCAAAGAUUAGAUACGAAAACAUUGUGAUGGCUGAUGUCAUGAAUCCAAUUAUCAUCGAUCAGAACUAUUGCCCCAGCCCUCCCUGCAAUCAACAGGUUACUUCGAAUGUGCAGAUUAGUGAUGUGACAUAUAACAACAUAUGGGGAACUUCAUCUUCCAAAGAAGCAGUGGCUCUGAAAUGCAGCAAAAGCAGCCCUUGCAAGAACAUAGUGAUGAACACUAUCAAGUUAUCCCUCAACGGUCCUGGAGGCCCUGCGAGUUCUUACUGCGAAAAUGCCAUGGGCGUCUCUUAUGGCACACAAAAGCCCCCUUCUUGCGUAUGA